ACCCUACGUACAUAAAAAGAGCGCAGACACAAGUUGUUAAACAGAAUCGAGUCUAACGUAGAAAAAGUCACACGUAUUCAGAAGCUGUUUUAGAAAAAUUAUUACAAUUCUAUUAAAUGUUGUUCACAAGCAGUAAAGUAAAGUGAAGUAAGAAGAAAAAUGAAUCCAAAUAACUAUAUUAAUCAGUUCAACGAUUUUAUGGAUGGAGUAGGUCCGAACAUGUCGAUGAUGGAACGACAGGACACAAGGCAAGCUCCUGCUUGUGCUGACCACACGCAACAAAAACCAAACCAGAUGCAAAACCCAGAGCGAAUACUAAAACCGAUACAAAGACAAGCGCCAGUGGCGAUUAAAAAACAGCUAACUGAGCCAAACCGAAAAUAUGCCAACGCUUAUGUCAAAAUUGUGGAGCAACCGGCAAGUAAAGCUGUGAGAUUCCGCUAUGAGUGCGAAGGGCGUUCGGCCGGUUCUAUACCAGGUGUAAGUUCGACGUCGGCAUUGCGAACAUAUCCUACAAUCGAAAUUGUUGGCUACAAAGGUCGCUCGGUGUGUGUCGUUUCUUGUGUCUCCGCGGAUCCGCCAUACAGACCACAUCCUCAUACUUUGGUGGGUAAGGAGGGUUGCAAACAUGGUGUGUACACGUUUAGUGUAAACGAGGUUACUAUGCGUGCCGAGCUCUGUAACCUGGGUAUACAGUGUGUUAAAAAAAAAGACAUUGAAGGCUCACUGAAGACGCGUCAAGAAAUACGCGUUGAUCCAUUCAAAACAGGCUUUUCACACGCAGAGCAACCGGGUAGUAUAAAUAUAAAUGCGGUGCGCUUGUGUUUCCAAGUUUUUAUCCAAGGCGAAAAUGGACAUUUCAGGGUGCCACUGAAGCCCGUUGUCACCGAUCCCAUCUACGACAAGAAGUCGAAGUCAGACCUCGUUAUUCGUGAGAUGUGCAGUUCGGGAACGGUGCUGGGCAACAAGACAAUCAUGUUGCUCUGCGAAAAGGUGACGAAGGAAGACAUAGCGGUGCGUUUUUUUGAAGAGAAAAAUGGUGCUGUGGUUUGGCAAGCUUAUGGCGAAUUUGAUCCCUCCAUGCAUGUGCACAAACAAACCGCAAUUACAUUGAGAACUCCACAAUAUCACAACACCGAUAUUGAAGAGACCGUACAGGUAUUCGUGCAACUGCAAAGACCUUCCGAUGGUGCCGUCAGUGAGCCUUGGCAAUUCAACUAUGAACCAGUCAAAAAGUUACGGUUAAGACGUAAAUGUAGACUAAACGAUCUUACUAUGGACUCACUUAAAGUUAGUGAGAACCAGACGGUACAAAAUAACAUUACCCUUGUUGCCACACAAGCAAAUUUGGAUAAGUUCUUCGUUUCUGGUGAGAUGACACCAUCGCCAGAACCAAUGUCACCGUCCUCAUCAACCAGCAAGAGUGAUACGUCGACAACAGCUUCGCCUUACGGCCAGGUCGUGGAGGUGAUUAACUUGGAAAGCGGUACGGCGGAUGUCCAAGAAACUCUCAAUGUUGAGAUAUUUCCAACGACACUGGAAAGUCAUGAGGAGGGUAAAGUUUAUGCGGCUAACCAAAAGCAGUCGCAAUUUCCAAAACUUCAAAAUAUUCAAGACCAGCAACAAUCCUCAUCCUCAAUCCAUCCUCAUUUGGAUGAGCUGUUGCAGCAGCCGAAUCGGUCUAAAAUAAAGCAACAGCAAUCACAAGGGCAAUUGCCACAUCAAAAACAAAAACUACAAUUACAAUUGCAACAACAUAAAUAUAUACCGGCGCAGUUGCAAGUACAACAAUAUCCACCAACGCUACAACUGCAACAACCAAUUCUACCGGAGCAACAGCAGCAGCCACAACAACUGCUCCAUCCUCAGGCACUACAGAUGCCGUAUCAGCAAACGCAGCUGCAGCAACAACAACAAUGGCGUUUGAUGCAGCAACCGCAACAACUAUUUCUUGGUGACACGAACAGGGAAAAGAAACUCACCAGCAUUUUGGCUUUAGCUGUUACAGCGCUGGGCAAUAAUCCAUUCAACUUGCAACAAUUUCUUAAUGCCACCGCAAGCACCAUGUCACAGAAUGGCCAGAAUAAUUCCGUUCAAAGCAGUUCACAGCAACAGCCGCUGCAGCCGUCUCCGCCGUUUCAACAACAACAUCAGUUUGUAUCGGCUCAACAAAAAAAUAAAUUUGUACCGGCUCAACAACAACAUCAAUUUAUACCGCCUCAACAACAGCAACCACCCCAACAAGACGAUUCAUCUCGAUCACAAUUCCAACAACAAUCUAAUGUCGCCACGAAUAGUAACGAUAAACAGUUGGUGGGCGAGGUCGAUGCAAAGAAUAACAGUAAUUCUGACACGCGUGGAGAGGCUUCCUCCAUAAGCCAGUUGCUAAAUUUGGACAGUGAUCAAUUGGUGCAGAUCUGCGAUGACACACUACUCGAUCACACCAUCACUGAGGACUUCGAACCUUUAACCUGAUGAGUCUAGAUCUUCAAAAUCGGAUGU